AACCCAAGCAAAACAUUAACGUGGUCCAGCCGAACACGUGCGCUAUUCUGUAUGUUUUUAUGUUUAUUGCGCCAUGAAUUAAACAGGGCUAUAUAACAAGAGCGACAUUAUUUGGAUACAAUUAGUCAAAAACAGCUGCCAGCCAUGGCAACUUCUCUUGCAAAACAGCUGAAAAGCUUGAGAACACCACAAACAAGUCUCGUAUAUGAGAAAAAGAAAGCUUCAAUUCUUUUCACAGAGUCAGAAGCUGCAUCUUAUGACCGGGAUGUCUAUUAUGAUAUUGGUCAGGCAGGUUUUCAAGACCUGCUGGAGAUCAACAAUGAAUUUAGAAAGUUCAAAGACCCCCUCUUUGGGAAGGCAUCACGUGAUCUCCAGAGGGCCGUAGAAACCAAAGAGGUAAACCAGAAGCUUGAUGAUGCCAUUGAAGGCUUCCUACUCCUACUUUCACCCUACUUGGAAAAACAAGCAUCUUUGAAGGCAUUGGAGUGGCUAAUACACAGAUUUAUGAUUAAUGAAAUGAAUAUCCCAGCCCUCCUCAUGUGCAUCUUCCCCUACUACGAAUCUGCACUCUUCAUCCGCAUUCUUCAGAUUGUCCCGCUCUCAGACCAUUGGCAAUUUCUGGUGGGUCCAAAGAAGAAGGGCUUCCCUUUGGCCAAGCAUACACUGUUUAUGGAGUGGGGCAAGAACCAGGGCUUCAGAUCUUUCCUUGCAAAAUAUCUGAAGAAGAUGUGCACAGUACACGAUAAGGAGGCCAAUCUGAAGAUAGCAAUUGCAUUCUACACAUCCACAGUCAUUGGAGGUCUUUGCUUGCAGGAAGUGGUACAAGAAUGGCAUAUCUCAUACAUUGUAAAGUCCCUGCCAACCUGCCUAAAGUCACCUCAUGCAGAGCUGGUGGCAGGGAUGUACUUCAUCCUGGUGCAGUUGUCCAUCAAAGUUAAGCUUAAUCAGGAUCUUCUCGAUAGAGUGAUGGAACUAAUGAUUAGUGAGAAUAAUCCACCUGCAGCUUUGAAGCGUGAGUGUAUGCUAACACUGCUAGUAAUAUUUCACCACCAAGAAAUGACACGUCUGAGCCCUGCACUGGUGGAGAGGUUAGAUGAGAAGCCUGAGCUCCUUCAACAGGUGGAAGAGCAGGCCAAGAUAAAGAGUGUUGCACCAUUCAUGUCUGCUUAUGUUGCAGCAUAUAUCAAGUGGCUGUGCAGUGAAGAAUGUGAAUUGAAGACACCUGUAAAAGAGAAGAAAUUUGCUCACCUCCUACAACUAAUUGGAAAGAUGCCUCUUUCAAGUUCUGAUGCUGCAGAAGUAAUAUGGAGUGUGUUUGAAGCAGUUGAAGACAAUUAUGAUCAUAUUAAGGAAAUGGCAACCAUGAAUUUGGGUUCAGCUAUUAACAAAUUGGAGGUCAAUCACACAGAAGGUUACAGUCAAGCCAUGGCAAAGUUGAUCAGCUGGAAUGAUAUGCAUGUUGGCAAGAAGUACAAGUUGAUUUUAAAGAAGAUUCUGAACACCCAAGAUGGAGGUAGUGGUAUCAGCUUCACACACUUGGUCCAUCCUGAUGACAAGGUCCGCCUGGCUGCUGCAGAGAAUUUUGCUGAGAAAGUCAACAAGGGCUUGGAGAAUGAUGAAAAAAUGAUCAAGAUGCAGAUGACAAAUAUGCUUAAUGAUGAAUACCCAGCAAUAGUCUCUGUGGCUUUGUCUCUUGAGACGGGCAUACACAUGCUAGAGACUUCAUUCACUAUGGAAAAGUGUGAAGAACUUUUAGAGAGGGUCCAGAGCCACCAUGAGAAGUGGGGAGAUACACAGAUACCAUGUCUGAGGGUACUAUGUCAAACCCUUUCACCAAAGUAUGACAAAGAUCAGCUGAUGAAUGUCCUGUUCAUUUGUCUUCCAUAUGUGCUGUUCCCCAAGAGUCAUGACUAUGAUGCUGCUAAGAUGAUUCUGAAAUCAAAGAUGACUGUUUGCAGUCCUUUCCUGGCAGCCUUGGCUAUGGAACUAAGUCCUUUGUUGAUGAACCUCAAGCAAAAGCAGUACCUUCGAAAGAUCAUGACUGUUGUCCCAAAGGCCAUCAGUGAGUUAUCAAAAGAAGAACAGGUGGCCUUGUGGUCAUAUGUAGAAAAAUAUUUAGCUUCUCAGCACAGCCAGCUCGGGUGCUUUGUCUCUCUUGUUUUGCUGCGCUCUGGUUUAGUCAGCGAUAAGAUGGGGAAUGAUAUUCGCUUGAAAUUAGCACACAAGAUUGUGGAUGCAUGUCAGGCUGGAUUGGAUUCUGAUAUUAAGGCACCAUCUGAUAAAACUAAUAAGGAUAUGGAAGGGAAGGAUGACCAUGUCGAACUUGCAUUUUGUCUGGAGGCUGCACGGAAGGGAUCCCUAACUCUCCCAUUUUUGACAAGCUGUUUAAAGCAAGCACUGCAAGUCUUCAAAUUACCUGCUGCAUGCACUACAACCACAUUCUGGACGCCGUUCAUGGAGGAUGUAGAGGAAGGAAACAUUCUUCUCCUUGUAAAAGCUCUGAGAAGUGCAAUACAGUUGGAGAGAUUUGAAGAUAUUGGUACUGCCUUUAGAGAUAAUUUGGUAGUGGUUAUCCUGAAAGACUCUUUAAAAACUAUAGAAAACAGAUACCACUUCCUUGCCAUGAUCUGGGGAUGGCACUCGUCUCUCUCUGAACUUGUUGAUGAAACUCUGCAGUCGAGAAGCGAUAAGCACGCCGAGAGGAAGCUAUUGGAAAGCCCCGGUCGAGAGCGCUACACCAGUCGCAGCCGUGAAGAGCAGACAGGAUCGGAGAAAAGCAACGCCCGUUCCAGGGAGUCGUGCGCUCUCGGCCGAGGCUUUCCAAUACACUCCUCUCGGCGUACUUCUGGUCGCGGCCUCAGCCACAAACCUUAA